AUGUCCGGCGAGACGGAGAUCGAGGUGUCGGUGGUAUCGGAGGAGGACCUGGAGCUGGAGGGCUCCAGGAGCAGCUCCACGCCGGCGGAGCUGUUGCUGCAGGAGAAGAACGGCAAGUCCGGCUGCGGCCUGAGCAACCACCACCAUCCGUUCAGCUUCGACGUCGGCAAGCCGGCGCUGAGGCCCGCCUGCAACCCUCAGUACACGUCCUUCAGCAUCUCCAGCAUCCUCGGCAGGCCGGAGUCGCCGCCGGUGGACUCCACGUCCACCGUGUCCGGCGAGAGGCAGUCGUCGGACGUCGACAGGACGUCGCCGUUGCCGCCGGCGAACUCCCAGCCGUCGCAGAGGAUCCUGCCGUCCUGCGGCAGCCCCGGCGGCAGAGUCUCGUCCUCCCCCACGUCCCUGAGGUUGUCCGGCGGGCAACGCGGCCUGCCCACCGCCGGCGGCCACGUUACCGGACUGGAGCCCAGAGCGAAUUCCGCGGGUAUCGGGAUCGGGUGUGCUACCAGUGCUACCAGUCCGGCCGCGACUUUCUCGCCGCCCGGCGACGCCUCUGCCAAUCCUCUGCUGGGCCACCAGGCGUCGGCGGAUCUCGCCAUGCUGUCGAGAUUGAUAGCCAGCCGAUACCCGGUCGGCAUCGGCGGCCUCUUCUACCCGUCGACGUUGCAGCACCUCCAUCAGCAGCACCAGCAACAUCAGCAUCAUUCGCGGCUGGCCGCGGCGGCGUCGUCGGCCCUGAGCAACGCAGUGCAGGUCGCCGGCCAAUCAGCGGACAUCGUCGAUGCCGACGGCAUCCGCGGCGUCCUACUCGGCGGCGCCGGCUGGCCGUUUCCAUGGAGGCCAACGCACGGCCUGCAGACCCUCGAGCAUCCCUCGCCGAGCGACGUGGUCGGCACCCUCAGCCGCGUUAGUCCCGCAUCCGCGUCUUUCCCGCAGAGAGACGAGCUCGACGACGAUAACGCGGACGACCGGCUGCAUCGGACGAGAAGUCCGUCGAGCGGCGACGAGGGGCACGACGAGCUGGGCGACGGGGAUGACUGCGCGGACGCCGACGGCGAAGGCGAGUCGACCUCGACGAGUCUCCACGGCACCUCGGUGAGCGGAAGCGGAGGCGGUGGCGGCGGGAACGGCAACGGGAACGGCGGUCAGAACAGCGUGCAAGUCGGCGUGGACGGCCGCGAGUCGAACAGCAUAAAGCGCAAGAAGAAGACCCGGACGGUGUUCUCCAGGUCGCAGGUGUUCCAGCUGGAGAGCACGUUCGACAUGAAGCGCUACCUCUCGUCGUCGGAGCGGGCCGGGCUGGCCGCCUCGCUCAGGCUCACCGAGACGCAGGUGAAGAUCUGGUUCCAGAAUCGACGGAACAAGUGGAAACGCCAACUGGCGGCCGAGCUGGAGGCGGCGAACAUGGCGCACGCCACUCAGAGGCUGGUCAGGGUGCCGAUACUUUACCACGAGGCGUCGGCGGGCACCGGCGCGUCCGCCGGCGGCGUCACCUCGGUCUCGGUGGCGGCGCCGGUGCCGCCGCCGCCGGUCCCCUCGUCGGUCGCGACCUCCGCCCUCUCGCACUCGGCGGUCGGAGUCGGCGUCGGGGUGGGCGUCGGCGUCGGCACCUCGUGCGCGCCCACCACGGCGCAGCCCAUCUUCUACUCCCAUCACCAUCAACACCACCAUCACCACCCGGCGGCCCACGUACAGGCGCACAGUCUCCUGUCCCACCAGGUGCACCCGCAACCGCCACCCCCGCCCCCGCCGCCGCCCAACGGCCAACCACCGCGGACGUCCUCGCAAUAA